UCAUCUGUGUUUUCAGAUUGCUAUGUUGUUUCGUUCUAUUCACAAAGAGCAAGCUUAGCUAUCGAGAAUCCGAGAUUGAGAAGAGAGAUCAAUGGCUGCGGUGGUGAGAGGCGCGAUUAAAAUGAUCAGAGAAAAAGGCAUCGGAGGUUUCUUCCGCGAGCUCCGAAAUGAAGGAUACCCGGGUGCACUUCUGGAUGGGAAUCUCAUACAAACAAAGAUCCACAACAUAGGGGCAACAGUUGUGGGAGUUGACAAAUUCGGCAAUAAGUACUAUGAGAAGCUCGGAGAUACCCAAUAUGGGAGACAUAGGUGGGUGGAAUAUGCAUCGAAGGAUCGCUACAAUGCUUCUCAAGUCCCACCAGAAUGGCAUGGCUGGCUACAUUACAUUACUGAUCACACGGGAGACGAGUUGCUCUUGUUGAAGCCCAAAAGAUACGGGGUUGAACACAAAGAGAACUUUUCUGGGGAGGGAGACGAAUACAUUUAUCACUCCAAAGGACACAGCCUUAACCCUGGUCAACGAGACUGGACAAGAUACCAACCAUGGCAACCCAAGAAGGUUUAAGUCGUCUUGGUUAAAGACUUGAGCUCAAUUCGGAGCUGUAAAAGUUCAUUGAUAAUCCCACCCUGUUAUUUUCCCUUGAAUAAAAUGUGUGUACUUACUUAAAACAUAUGAUUGUUGCAUCAUCAAAUCAAUCCUCUGUCUUAUUUUGAUUCGUUUUAAGUUAUGACAUUUGCAUUUCCCAUAUAAAUUCGUCGUCCGUCCAGAAUGUCGAGAAAUAUUUUUUUUGAGUAAGUUUCCUUCGCUCAACUUUGGAACUGUUGUGAUGUCAAAAGAUGUUGUAUAAUUGAUUAAUUUCAACAGGCUGUGAGAUUAUUUUGUUUA